GUCAUUGGCAAUGAAGGAGCGGGUGGGGUGUCUGCAUUCAUUACUGGAUUAUAAGCAGUUCCAGUCCACAAUCGUGGACACUAACAGACAGGUUGCUCUGUGCCAGGCUCAGCUUUGUGCAUGAAUUAUCUCCUGUAACUGUCACCCUAACCCCACGAGGUGUAGGCACUUUUAGUUUUCACAUCUUUAAAGGUGAAGUAAGUGGCCAGUGUUCCACAUUACAAGUUUCUGGGUUCCAUGUCAGUGUCUGUUGUGGUUUUAGUGUUUCUUCAGUGCCUUAAUUGGAAUGUUCUGUUCCAACCUUUCUCUCAUUAUAUAUUGGCCUUUGGCUUUUAAAGUAGUGAUUUUCUUUUCUUUACAAAAAUUUGUUCUUAUUGUGGUAAAACGCAUAUAACAUAAAAUUUACCAUUUUAGCCAUUUUUAAAUAUAUAGUUCAGUGCUAGUAAGUACAUUCAUACUGUUGUACAGCCAUCACUGCCAUCAUCUCCAGAACUUUUUUCAUCUUCCCAAACUAAAACUCUACCCAUGAAAUGCUACCUCCCUGUUUCAUCCCCCCAGUGCCUGACCACCACCAUUCUGCUUUCUGUCUCUAUGAAUUUAACGACUGUGAGUACCUUAUAGGACAAAACUGCCAAAGCCAAGGUCCAGCAGGCUCCUGACGGAUCCCAGCAGACUCCAGAUGGCACACAGCUUCCGUCUGGACACCCCUUGCCUGCCACGAGCCAGGGCACUGCAAGCAAAUGCCCUUUCCUGGCAGCACAGAUGAGCCAGAGGGGCAGCAGUGUCUUCUGCAAAGCCAGUCUCGAGCUUCAGGAAGAUGUGCAGGAAAUGCAUGCUGUGAGGAAAGAGGUUGCCCAAACCUCAGUGAACCCCAGUGUGAUUAGCAUGGAGACUGACGGAGGGGAUACAAGUAAAUUGCCGAAGAAUUUCCAGGAUAUCAUGCGAAAACAAAGACCAGAAAGAGUGUCUCAUCUUCUUCAAGAUAACUUGCCAAAAUCUGUUUCCACUUUUCAGUAUGAUCGUUUCUUUGAGAAGAAGAUUGACGAGAAAAAAAAUGACCACACCUAUCGAGUCUUUAAAACUGUAAACCGGAGGGCGCACAUCUUCCCCAUGGCAGAUGACUAUUCAGACUCCCUCAUCACCAAAAAGCAGGUGUCAGUCUGGUGCAGUAAUGACUACCUAGGAAUGAGUCGGCACCCACGGGUGUGUGGCGCAGUUAUGGAUACUUUGAAACAACAUGGUGCUGGGGCAGGCGGUACUAGAAAUAUUUCAGGAACUAGUAAAUUCCACGUGGACCUGGAGCAGGAGCUGGCUGACCUUCAUGGGAAAGAUGCAGCACUCUUGUUUUCCUCAUGCUUUGUGGCCAAUGACUCGACCCUCUUCACCCUGGCCAAGAUGAUGCCAGGCUGUGAGAUUUACUCUGAUUCUGGGAACCAUGCCUCCAUGAUCCAAGGGAUUCGGAAUAGCAGAGUGCCAAAGUACAUCUUCCGUCACAAUGACGUCAGCCAUCUCAGAGAACUGCUGCAAAGAUCUGACCCUUCAGUCCCCAAGAUUGUUGCAUUUGAAACUGUCCACUCAAUGGAUGGGGCAGUGUGCCCACUGGAAGAGCUGUGUGAUGUGGCCCAUGAGUUUGGUGCAAUCACCUUCGUGGAUGAAGUCCAUGCGGUGGGGCUGUAUGGGGCUCGAGGUGGAGGGAUUGGCGAUCGGGAUGGAGUCAUGCCAAAAAUGGACAUCAUUUCUGGAACACUCGGCAAAGCCUUUGGCUGUGUUGGAGGAUACAUUGCCAGUACAAGUUCUCUGAUCGACACUGUACGGUCCUAUGCGGCUGGCUUCAUCUUUACCACCUCUCUGCCACCCAUGCUGCUAGCUGGAGCCUUGGAGUCUGUACGCAUCCUGAAGAGCGCCGAGGGGCGGGCACUUCGCCGCCAGCACCAGCGCAACGUCAAGCUCAUGAGGCAGAUGCUAAUGGAUGCUGGCCUUCCGGUCGUCCACUGCCCUAGUCACAUCAUCCCUGUGCGGGUUGCAGAUGCUGCUAAAAACACAGAAGUCUGUGAUGAACUAAUGAGCAGACAUAACAUCUAUGUCCAAGCAAUCAAUUACCCUACGGUGCCCCGUGGGGAAGAGCUCCUGCGGAUCGCCCCCACCCCUCACCAUACGCCACAGAUGAUGAACUACUUCCUUGAGAAUCUGCUGGUCACAUGGAAGCGAGUGGGGCUGGAACUGAAGCCACAUUCCUCAGCUGAGUGCAACUUCUGCAGGAGGCCGCUGCAUUUUGAAGUGAUGAGUGAAAGAGAGAAAUCCUAUUUCUCAGGCUUAAGCAAGUUGGUAUCUGCUCAGGCCUGAGUGUAACCUCAGUUUACCUAAUCGCAGGCAGUUAUCAUAUCUAGAUAGUCUCCAGAGUUGUCUUUAUAUGUGAAAUAAAUUAUAUUAAAUUUUAAUCUAUAGUAAAAACAUAGUCCUGAAA